UCAUCUGUACCUUAAUAACGCGGGGUUAUUUUGACAAGGUUUGCCUCCUCUCAUCCGUGUACGUGAUGCUAGAGCACAUAUGAUCCGGAAAAACAUGCGGAGGACGGAAUGGAAAGCUCAUCUACAAAGUUUGCGCCAGGAACAGUACUAUAUUAAUUACACUGACGAAAGUCGCCUCGGAUACUUCAUCAGUCACAAUGGUACAGCUCCUCCUGCUGGACUGCUUCUUCCAGAGUCCUUCAACACUCCUGGUGGCGGGAUCACAUGGGAUAGAUGGGUCUCGAAUUAUACCGGAGCAAAGCUCUACGAUUAUGCUGUCUCAGGAGCUGUCUGUUCAAACCAGAUCGUAUAUCGAUACUUGGCGUCAAUUUAUGGACCGUUCCCAGACGUUGUCUACGAGGUCAACGCGUUCAUUGCCGACGUUGAUUACAUCAAUGCUACGACACACACCAACACCCUCUACACGAAUCGACGUGACAGCAAUACGGUCUACUCAAUGUGGAUUGGAACAAAUGACCUCGGAGUGGAUGCUUUCUUGACUGACAGCAGUCUCAACAUGACGACGAUCCCUGACUACGUUGACUGUAUCUUUGAUCGGUUCGACUCAAUUUAUGCUCAAGGUGGACGAUACUUUGUGCUGAUGAACACUGCACCUUUGCAAUUAUCACCACUCUAUGGGAUGCCAGACGCUGGUGGGCUGAACACAAGCCAUUACUGGCCUGACAAGCCAUCAAACAUCUCCGAGAUCAGUGGCAAGAUGAAAGAAUACACCUCUCUUGUAAACUCCAUCUUCUCAUACCGAACCCCCUACGAACUCAUGAUCGCCAAGCGCUAUCCCGGAGCCUCAUUCGCCCUCUACGAUGUCCACAGUCUACUCACCGACCUCUACUACAACCCCACCGCAUUCGGCCUAACAGCUCCAGCGAUAGUUGACGUUCCCUACUAUCAGUGCGACCCUUCGGGCGUUACUUGCGUUUCGAGCAAUAUGACGCUUGAUCAUUACAUGUGGUAUGAUGAAUUGCAUCCCAGCCAACAGACAGAUGAGGCUAUUGCGAGGGAAUUCGUGAAUGUGGUGAAGGGGGCGAGUAAGUAUGCUACUUAUUGGAAACAAUGAAUGAGAGAAGAGAGGUAUACAUUAAUAGAUAAUAUAUCAAUGAUUUCUUACGAGCAGUGUGGUGGUACAAAUAUGCGGCUAUGCGAG